AAGAUGUUUAUAUAGGUGGCGCAAGUAAAAAAAAAAUGGCAGCCUCCAUGGCAGACUGUACUUCGCGUUUUGAUGCCACAUAUAUCGUUCAUCGCGCAUAUCUUAGUGAAGUGACAUAAAUUGCAUUAAAGAUUGUACAAGAACAAAAGUUGUGCAUACGUUCACGUGUAAACUAAGUAAGCCUGAGAGGUGAGCUUGCACAGCAAUUUGUUUAUGGCCAUGGAAGUACUGUCCUAGUGAUGAUCAAGGUAUUGACAAUUUGUCCAUACCACUUAAUGUCGGAAGUUAAGUUUGCAAGGCCAAGCAGAAUCCAAGAGUAACCCCCCAAAGAGGGAUGGCUGUCCGAAUGUAACCACUAUGACCCCUUACUCAACUUGGAGAGGGAGAGUUUUAAGAGCUCUAGAAUCCCAGGCAUAUGCAAGCAAUGUGUGAUGAAGUUUCUGAAACAGAAGAGCUUGUAUCUCAUAAUUUCUGUCUCAGCUGACAUGAACCAGAAGAUGCCAAAACAGAUCAGGGAAUAUCAGGAAAUGAAAUCAUCACAGCUGUCACAAAACAAAGACUGGAGUUCAGAGAUUGGGUUCAACACUUUGGAUAAAAUAACGUUGAUUGAUCUUGAUCCACCCCUCAACCCAGACAAAGCACUUUGGAGACUAUGAUGCAAAUAAGCAUGUGUGUGAACACGCAUUUAACAACAAGACAGAUUCCGGUUUUUCACUGUACAGAUCGAGAAAUCCGAUAUAAAAGAUACAACAUGAAGUACUGCAAAGACUUGAAUUUCACUCAGACUUGGGUAAACAAGGGACUGAAUCCAUGUUUCAUCAAUACUGUCACCUCCAGCGUAUUAUUCCUUCAGAUUUUGAUAUGCAGUUGUAUUCAAUGUCCACUGUAUAGAAAAUAUGCCACCAGACUGCCCAAGAAAAACCGUCCAAAUUCCUGUGGCUUCACGCUGCAGGUCAUUCUGAGCUUUAUUCUCAUGCUGGAGGCCCUGAUUCACACAAUUCUCUCCGACACCUCUAUACGUGAUCAGAAUGUAGCGGGAUACCAAGUGUUUACUGCCAUUGCCCUUGUUUUCUGCUGGAUAGCAUCCAUCAGGCUUUUGUUUUACGAGAGGAGACGGAUGCUGCCCUCAAUACCGACUCGAGGUCAUGGCUUAGUUUUACUGGUCUUCUGGAGCCUUGCUUUCAUAAAGGAGAACCUGCCCUUUAUAUCUUGGGAGAGUCCAAGUUACUGGUGGUCUUUGAACGGGUACUCAGAUCACAUAGAGUUUGGUCUGUGGAUUGUUCGAUACAGCUGUUCUUUGAUGCUUCUGAUUUGUGGAUUUUUGGCUCUGGGUCUGAAAAGGAACCGGUACCAUCUUCCAACUGAUAUGCAGAAUGGCCCCACACCAGAGCUACCACAAAACCAAUCCGCUUGGAAGAAUGUGUGGCGAAAGCUUAAGAUAAUGAUUCCAUUUGUAUGGCCUAAAGGGAGCUAUUGGAGGCAGGGGCUGGUCCUUGUCUGUCUGCUUCUUCUAGGGGCAGGGAGGGGGAUAAAUGUACUGGUCCCCCUCUACAGCAAAUAUAUCAUAAACAGUCUGAAUGAACAACCCAAAAUUCGUGGAGACGACCUUGCUGAACUGAAGGUCAGCGGGCCAGAGUUUCCCUAUGAUUAUAUACUUAUUUAUUGCUUACUUAUUUUCCUCAAGGGAGGAGGGUCAGGAGUCACAGGGUUUUUAAACAAUGCCAGAUCGUUCCUAUGGAUACCAGUUCAACAGUACACAACCAGGAGAAUCCAAGUUCGCUUGUUCAGUCAUUUACACAGAUUGUCUCUGAAAUGGCAUCUUCAAAAAAAGACGGGGGAAGUGUUACGAGUGAUGGACCGAGGGACGAAUAGUAUCAACAAUCUACUCAGUUACGUGGUAUUCCAGAUCUUGCCAACAAUCGUCGACAUUAUCAUCGCUACCGUCUAUUUCGUCACUGUUUUCAACUACAUCUUUGGGCUUGUUGUCUUUCUCAGCAUGGUUCUCUAUCUAGCUGUUACUUUCUGGAUCACUGAGUGGAGAACUAAAUACAGACGAGAGAUGAAUAAACUGGACAAUGAGAAAAACUCCAAGGCCGUGGAUUCCCUGCUCAACUUUGAGACAGUUAAAUAUUAUGGUGCUUCAGAGUUUGAGACCAGUAGAUUUGAUACAGCAAUAGAAGAUUAUCAGGUUGCAGAGUGGAAAACGAACGCCUCGCUUAACCUGUUGAAUUCUCUCCAGAACACAGUGAGCACCUUUGGAAUGAUUAGCGGCUCACUGUUGUGUGCGUACGCAGUGGUGUACUCCAUUAGUGACCUUCACCUCACGGUGGGGGACUACGUUUUAUUCGGGACAUACCUCAGCCAGCUGUAUGGACCACUCAACUUUCUAGGAAAUUAUUACAGAAUGAUACAGCAGUCUCUCAUUGAUAUGGAAAACAUGUUUGAACUGUUGGAUGAAAGCCAAGAGAUUAAAGAUAUCCCAGAUGCUAAGAAUAUUGCAGUUACCAAUGGCAAAAUAGAAUUCAGAAAUGUCAACUUCCAUUAUGAAGAAAGUAAAAAGAUUCUGAGGGAUGUUUCCUUUGUGGUACCUGCAGGACAGACUUAUGCACUAGUAGGUCACUCGGGCAGUGGAAAGAGCACCAUUAUCAGACUGCUAUUCAGGUUUUAUGAUGUUGUUUCAGGGAAGAUCCUUAUUGAUGGUCAAGACAUUUCACUGGUCAAGCAAGAAUCUCUCCGACAACAAAUUGGUGUUGUGCCCCAGGAUACUGUCUUGUUUAAUGCUGAUAUUGGCUAUAAUAUACGUUAUGGUAAUGUUGACGCUAAUGACAAGCAGGUGGAAGAAGCAGCUGAUAAUGCAGAUAUUCAUGAGAGAAUUUUAUCUUUCCCUGAUGGUUAUAACACAGUGGUUGGGGAGAGAGGACUUAAGCUAAGUGGUGGAGAGAAACAGAGGGUGGCUAUAGCCAGGACUAUUCUAAAGAACCCCCAGAUUGUCCUGCUGGAUGAGGCUACAUCUGCAUUGGACACAAAGACAGAACGUAACAUACAAACAUCCUUGGAGAGAGUUUGUGAGAAUAGAACAACCAUAAUUGUGGCUCACAGACUCUCCACCAUUACACAUGCUCAUCAGAUCCUAGUUAUGAAAGAAGGGGUGAUUGUAGAAAGGGGAACUCAUGAUGAGCUUCUCCAAGUGAAUGGUUUCUAUGCUGACAUGUGGCAUCAACAGCUGACUAGGAAAGAGGAAGCUGGCGAUGAAAAACACAACGGGAACGGCACUGUCGAAACAGGAAGUAUAAACAAUGAUGCGGAUGCUUCCUGAUGGCAGAGUGCAGUUUAUUUUGUCUUUCAUGAUCAGAUUUUAACUAGAAUUUUUUUUUUCAAAAUCAGUUUUUAUACCUGGUUUUGUGUUUAUGUAAUAUUUUGUAAUAUUCACUUGUCUUAAUUUGUGUGUUAUUUUUUUUCUUUUUAAACAAAGGAUCUGGUUUUAGAGAUAUUGAACUAUACCUUUAUUUCAGUUGGCCAAUGUUCAGUCAGUUUUUAACCAUAUUCUGUCAGUUUUUAACCAUACAAUUUAAAACUGGGGUUUUACCUUGUUUAUAAUUGCAUCAAUUCUUAAGUAACCUCUGAACUGUUUCUAAGUCAUCGUAUAAGAACUUGUAGUUUAUAGAAGUUAUUUCGUUUUUAUGUUUAUUUAAAUGUACUUUUUUUUAGCUUGUUACAACCUAACAAUUUCUCUUCAGAGCCCCUCUUCACCCUUUAUAUUACAUAAUUAAGUCUCACUUUAGUGUCAUCUGUGAUGUCAUUGCAGGUGCAUGCUUCCAAAAUAUCCAUUGUUUACAUUUAAAUCUUAAGCCUUUUUAAUGCCAUUUUUCUUGCCAAAACAUAUAAAUACACUUCAGUACUGGAUGUGAAUGCAUACUGCAUACUUAUUGUGUGGACCUAUACUUGCCAGUGUAGCAUAAUAUUUUGAUACCACGAUAUAUUGAACUAUCAAAAUAUUGGGGAUGAGAUACAAAGAACAUUUUAUAGUUCUUCUUAUAUAAUCAUAAAUUAAUAAUUGUCUGAAGAGAAGUGAAAGUGAAAUAUAAUAAUAAAAAUUUAAAAGUGGUAAAAGUGCAUGAUGAAUAAAAAUUUUGAAAAGUUGUUCAACAAGUAGAAAUUGUUUUGAAUAUGCUACAGCUGCAAAUGACACAAGGAUAUUUUUUUUCUAAAAUUGAAAAGUUGUUCAACAAGUAAAAUUGUUUUGAAUAUGCUACAGCUGCGAAUGACACAAGGAUAUUUUUUCUACAUUUUGCACUGUGCUGUGCGGCAUAGCCUACUCUGCAGAAAUCAUCAGCAUCAUAAUGUGACAAAGAUCCUGGAUAUCAGCACCAGUGAAUCAAUUUUGAUGAACAAACGUACUAAAAUUUCUAUUUAUUUAUUCUUAUUUUAUUUCUAUUUAUUUAUUCUUAUUUUAUUUCAUUUUUUAUUUAGUUUUAUUUUUUAUUUAGUUUUUGUGUUGAAGACAGUCUGAAAAGAAACUAUCCCUCUUUCAGCUUCAAAUAUCUUGUACUUUCCUUGGAUAAUUAAUUGUGAAGUACUUUUUGAAAUGCUUCAUUUUGUUUGCGGCUGAUGUGAUGCUUUGCAUCAAUUUAACUUGUAUUAUAUCUGUAAUUGCAGAACAUUUGUGUGUCCUCAGUUUUCCAUAUUGAGUUGUUGUGAAUAUUUGCAAUGUGUGGUUAUUUCUGUGUUUUUUGAUACAUAUAAUAAAUAUGUAUAGCUCUAGUAAAAUGUUAAUUUUUUGUUUUGUUGUAAAGACAGCUGGAAACAAUAACUAGUCUAUAAACUCCUUAUUUGGUCUCAUGUAUACCUUUGAGGUUUAGAAAGAAAGAGACAGAAGCUAGAAUGUAGGAGGUGAUAGGUGAUAAUACAGUGUUUAAUUAUAGUUUUUGGUGAAGUAUGCCUAAUUAUUUAUGUAUCAAGUUUCAUACAGACACGGUUUAUAAUUAUGAAGGUUAAAAUCUCAGUAUAAUUUAAAAAAAAAUGUCUGUUUCUAAGCAUCAGGAUGUUUAACAAAGUGGAAAUGUGUGUUGAUUUCUAGCAUGUCUCUUCACCACUAAUGCAAAGUACUGUGGUACCAAAUGUCCAUUGUCACUCAAUAUACUCACUAUAAAUAGACACAUUUCUUAUUUAAAAUUGUUUGUUCUCUGUCUAUUUACAUGUAGAAGUCCCUAGAACUUGGGUUAAUCCUGUAGUUACUUUUAUAGCAAUGUAAAUAUUAAUUACUGUGAAGAUUAUAAAAAAUGCCAUAAGAUGGUACAUGUACUGAAAAUGUUGGAUGAUUAGAGGUCUCUGUCAACACGCUUUUAGAAUUAAUUAUUUAAAAAAAAAUUGGAUAUUAGGCAUUUCCUUUUAUAAUCUAGCAUGUUGGUUUGUCUGUGAUAUGCUGUUUAAAGUUUCCAUUAUAAUCCUUUAAAUGAAAGUUGAAAGGGAUAUACAAGAGCAAGGUUCACUUUGAUUUCGAGAAAAGAUGUUGCCAUGGUUACUUAAGAUAGAAAUGUUAUUGAAAUUCUUUCAAAAUGUUACUCCUCCUACAGUUUUGGUUUUAGACUUUCUACACAAAUAGACUUUACUAAGAAAAAUCUUUUUUUUUAUAAGUACACAUCAGUGGAGCUACAGUCUCAUCAGAGACAGAUAUCUGUGGGAAAAAAAAUCAGAAUUUCUAUAAACAUACAUACUGUAUUAAACAUUGUCUUUGCUUUUCUCUCUUAUGUCAAUGUGCUAAACUUUGUGCUUAUAUAAUACAUGUAUACUAUUUCAAA